UUAUUGUGAAAAAUUAUGUCAUUAAUUCGAAUCCAUCUUGAUUAUAUACAGAGUGAUAUAUGCCUGUCACAAAAUGCCACAGAUGAAUGUACCUCGUUUCACUUUUUGUGUCAGUACUACAGAAUCGAUAACAUUGCAUGUGACAUGAAAGUGGUAAAAACAGCAAUAAGUUUAUUAUUUUCUGAAUUUGCAUAUGAAAUGGCUUGGUCUGGGAGAUUUCACGCAAAAAACAAUCAUGAUCUUAUACAACAUCUUAAAUCAUCAAGAAUAAUUAAAUCAGACAGAGUUUAUGAAGCAAUGUCUUCUGUAGAUAGAGGAAAUUAUACCUGUUCUGGCUAUGCAUAUAUAGAUUCUCCACAGGAUAUUGGCUAUGGUGCAACUAUAAGUGCUCCUCAUAUGCAUGCAUAUGCUUUGGAAAUACUUGAAGAUAAGCUGUGUGAUGGUGCUAGAGCAUUAGAUGUUGGUUCUGGUUCUGGAUAUUUAACAGCAUGUAUGGCAAUGAUGUUAGGAUCAAAUGGAUUAGCUAUAGGUAUUGAACAUAUUUCUGAACUUAAAGCAUUUGCUAUGCAAAAUAUUCAGAGAGAUAACCCAGAACUUCUUGAAAGCGGUCGUGUUCAAUUAGUUGUUGGAGAUGGAAGAUUAGGAUAUCCAGAAAAAGCACCAUAUGAUGCUAUUCAUGUGGGUGCUGCUGCUAAAGAAAUGCCUCAAGCUUUAAUUGAUCAACUAGCUCCUGGAGGACGUUUGGUGUUACCGGUGGGUCCAAGGAACUCAGAUCAAGUCUUAGUACAGGUUGAUAAAACAAAGGAUGGGAAGAUUAAGAAAAAGUCUCUUACAGGUGUAGUUUUUGUUCCAUUAACAAGUAAAGAUAAACAACAUCCUUCAUGAGAUACAUGCAUGCUCCAAUAAGUGAGCAGGCUUUCUUUUGUGAAUUAAAUGCAAAUGAUAGAUAAAGCUUAUAGGUUUUAGUUA